AUGCGAUUUGGAGAAAACAUGAGCAUUGAUUCCAAGUCGAUCACAAACUACCUGCGCGAAGUUCAAUUCAACCCGCAAUCAGAGACUACAAAAGACAACCACUCUGAAACUGGUCUUAGACAGAGGAUGGCAGCAAGCCUGAAUUACUCCACACAUUUACAUCUACGCCCAAAGCCACGAACACAAACCCCAAAGCUCCUCUCCAUCGCAAUCAUGCCCCCCAACACACACUCCCCCUCCUUCACCAUCCAAAUCACAUACAACCCCGACGCUAACUCCAACUCCACGAAAUUUCCAAUCACAGACAUCUACCACGAAACAAGUCUCCUGACCGCUUGCGAGAAGCUCAACGAUGUGCAAACUUCAAGAAACAUUUUCGGGCGUACGAUGAUCAUGCAGUGGUCGAUUAUAGAUGGACCGACGGGGCGGAAAAUCUUGAUGCAUGAAAGCGAGGCGGAGACGGAUUGGUAUGAUGUGAUUGCGAAGAUUGAGUGUGAGGAUGUUGGGGAAGAGGUUGUGAGGGAGAUGAGGGAGCUUGAAAGAUCGGGAUCUUGGAGGUUGAUGGGGUUGAUCGAUGAAGAUUUCAUGAUUUGGUCGUGCUCAUUUCAGAAGGUGGAUAUGUCAGCGCACAUAUCUUCCAAGGGGAACUUUGCCAUGCCGCCGGCUACUGUGGAAGCCAUGAGGGAUGAACCAGAGCAUGCAGUACUGCCAUCAUCGUUCGCGGACCGCGAGCCUGAGAUAUGGGCUGUGGCAAGCGAGCUCGAUACCAGUAUGUUCAGCAUGCGAUUGGAUGGCAGUUCUCCGACUGAGCGAGCGGCUAUUCGAACCCGAUUCGAUGCUCCGACGGCUGGCCGCCGUCUUCCAAGCCCCAGCAUAGCGAGCGAUGCAAGCCAGUAUUCAACGUCAGCUGCUGUUAGUGAGCAGCAGUUGACUUUCGAAAACGAACGAGACUAUGCUCCCGUGCCAGGACACGAUACUGGGCGCCCAGCCAGAGAGACGCAUCGCAGCCGGAGCUUUGACCGCCGGAGCGAGCAGCAUCACCUCCUCGGAAGCCAGCACCGAGAGGUUGGACGAUCUCAAAACUGCGCAAAGUCGAAUCUGAAGGUGACUUGCGGGAGCGCUGUCGCACGGCAUAUCGACUACAUCCAUCUGAGGGGGUAUUCUCAUCGCUCAGCGCCAGAAGUUGAAGAUUCAGUCCCUAGACCCUUCUCCGUGACACUGAUACAUACUCGGCCCGACGGAGCUGCGCAGUCAGUAAAGUGUAUUGGCUUGCGUGACGAUAUUGCGGCGUCGCUCAAGCUUGUCGAGGACAUAGCAAACGACCCAAGACUGCAUGGACGGACAAUUCAGAUCACGGUGCAGGGCGAGGAUAAUGGGUGGCGAGACCCAUAUGAUGGUUGCAAAGGGUACGAAGCUGUCGGACCACAUUCUAGAUAG